GGGGGAGAUGCCAUCGAGUCCCCACAACAGCGAACUCCGAACACACCGUCCACUUGAGCACCAAACAAGUACGAAUCACUGCCUACAGGGUAGUGUGUCUCGCAUCAGCUUCUGCUUCUCAUUGUUGCAAUACAUAAGCCGCCUUUUCACCGUUGAACGUUUCAGAAUAGCCUUCAACCUCUCAGGUGAAUCGGAAGCACACUUGCAUCACCAAAUCAACGAAGAUGCCGGACUUUAAGCCCAAGACUCCCGUGAACCUGGCCCCUCCCAAGGACGACCCUAUUUCUCUGGAGGAGCUUGCCAAAGCCGAUGGCAAGGAGGGAGCGAAAUGCUACGUCGCAAUCAAGGGAAAGGUAUAUGAUGUGACCGGCAACAAGAUGUACCAGCCCGGGAACUCAUACAACGUCUUCGCCGGCAAGGAUGCCUCCAGGGCGCUCGCGAAAACCUCCACCAACCCGGAUGACGUCUCGCCAGAGUGGAAAGACCUGACCGACAAGGAGAAGGGGACCCUAAACGACUGGAUCAAGUUCUUCUCCAACAGGUACAACGUCGUCGGGACCGUCGAGGGCGCCACGAAUUUCGACGACGAGCAGCCCGCCGAGGCCACCGCCGCUGCAUCCUCCAGCUAAGACACGCGGGUCGUCAUCUCGCGCGCCGGGCCGCAGCUUCCAGCGAGGAUCAGCAGUAAGAAGGGUGCUGGUUUCGAAGUGCGAUCUGUGGUAGGACUCUGGGGCUCAUUCUGUGUGUCUUUAGCCGAGUGCGCCUUGCCGGCGAUGCCAUGCUCCGUCGCCGCCCCGGCAGAUAGCUCGGGCGCAUGGGACGCGCAGCAUUGGGAUACACCAGACUUCCUAGCAGGGGUCCUGGAAGCAAGGGGCCUGGGAUUUAUUGAAGCGGUUAGCCACAUGCCAUAUCGUCUGCCAGCCGUUUUCCCCCACGAGUGUGUCGUUUCGAGCCGGGCCGUUUGCCGUGUGUGUCCUUGGAGCAGGCUCCCGCUCGCCCUUGUACCUUGACGCCUAGUACCUUGGCCCUUUGCAGGGGGGCCGCAAGGUUUCGCAGAUACCGGUUUCCAACCUCGUCAUUGUCC